AUGGCCAGUCCGCCGAAUAAGAAGCGCAAGACGCACCCGUCAGGCAACGAAGAGCAUCAAGCAACAGCGCAUGCCCCGCGAUAUGGCAAGCAGCUGGUCCUCUGCUCUCCAUGGCGAGCCUUCAUCAAACGCUAUCUGUUGCCUGACUCUCCAGAACCACCCUCAGCGCCUGUCCCCAAAAUCGGUCCACCAUUGCAGGCUGAGUGGAUGCCUGAACCUCCCCCCGCAGAUGAUGCAUGUCAGCCUGUCGCUGUUGCAACCCAUCCCUCGAAAGGCUGUCCUGAUGUUGUGCUCAACCUCACAGAGGCAAAAACUAUUGUGUGGCAAGAUGGCACUGCCACCAAGCUUCCCUGGCUGCCCAAGCCUGACAAUGCAAAGCAGAACUUGCUUGCAGAUCUCACCUUCCAUGUCAAGAAGCUUGCAGAAAUGUCCAAGCCGUCGACCGACACCCCCUGGAUCAUCCACCUCAAGCGGUCCGACUUUGCCUCUGACUUUGAGCUGGGCCAAUGCAUCUGUUCCGAGCUCACCUGUAGCUGCCACCCUGAAGUAUAA